CCACGCCUUUCAAAUUUUAGCCCCGCCCAGAUUUAAGAUGGCGUCUCUUCCAGAAGGAUGGGAAAAGCGCGAAUCUCGUUCCUCCGGAAAAGCAUUCUAUUUCAAUUUAUUCACCAAAGCAAGUCAAUGGGAGCCACCUGCUUCUGUCGGCCCUGGAGAGGUUCAGGCCUCUCAUCUUUUAGUGAAACAUAGAGAGUCCCGUCGUCCUUCCUCAUGGAAAACAGAAAAUAUUACAAGGAGCAAGGAAGAAGCUUUGGCCAUGCUCAAAGGUUUUAGGGAGCAGAUUGACAGUGGUCAAGUUGGUUUUGCUGAGCUGGCCUCGAAAGAGAGCGAUUGUGGUAGCGCUAAAAGAGGCGGAGAUUUGGGUCCUUUUGGACGAGGACAGAUGCAAAAACCAUUUGAAGAAGCAACUUAUGCUCUGAAGAUAGGUGAACUAAGUGAGCCGGUAUUCUCUGAUUCAGGAAUACACAUUAUCAUGAGGACAGCAUAAGGAAUGGAGCAUCAAUUACUGACUGAACUUUAAUAAUUUCUACAUUUGUGUCUUCAAUCUUCAUCAAUUUCGUUAAAAUUGAUUUUUUCAUUUAA